ACACACUUGGACGCACAUUGAUGAUGUCACGGUACUAAUGCUGUCGCUGUUGUUCACUCGAGCUUGUGCUUGAACCAAAAGUAUUAGCCAGAUUUAACACAUAAUCACACUCCUAAACAUCUCCAAAAUGACCACAAUGUUCGCAGAUACGAUUCUUAUUGUGUUUAUAUCUAUUUGCACUGCAUUAUUAGCGGAAGGAAUAACAUGGGUUCUGGUGUACCGCACAGACAAGUACAAGAGACUUAAGGCAGAGGUUGAAAAACAAAGUAAAAAACUGGAGAAAAAGAAAGAGACAAUUACUGAAUCAGCUGGGCGUCAGCAGAAGAAAAAAAUUGAGAGACAAGAGGAGAAGCUCAAGAACAAUAACAGAGACCUGUCCAUGGUACGGAUGAAGUCAAUGUUUGCCAUUGGCUUUUGCUUUACUGCUUUGAUGGGCAUGUUCAAUUCCAUCUUUGAUGGUCGUGUUGUGGCCAAGCUUCCAUUUGUCCCUUUGUCCUAUAUCCAAGGCCUCUCUCACCGCAACCUCCUUGGUGAAGAUUACACCGAUUGUUCCUUCAUCUUCCUCUACAUCCUGUGCACCAUGUCAAUUAGACAGAAUAUCCAGAAGAUGUUGGGUCUCGCUCCCUCUCGUGCUGCAACCAAACAGGCUGGAGGGUUUUUAGGGCCUCCUCCACAAGCUGCCAAGUUUUCAUGAACUUUUGAAAACAGUGAGAUCUCUACAUAGGAAGUGGACACCCUCUGCUGUACAUUGUGUGAACAACAGAGUUUGUUAGUCAGAUCGUGCAGCUACCAAUACCUAAGGUGAUCACUGAAAUCAUGAAAUUGUUAUGAAUGUAAAUUUACUUUAAUAGUGGUUCUGUAAAUGCUACGAGUAAAUUUACAGAGGGUUAAAAAGAUUUUUUGUAACUUAAUGAUUAACUACAAGACAUGCUAAUUGAUAAAACAUUGAUUUUGAGAUCCCUGGAUUUUAGUUUCUUCUCAUGACUAAUAAAAUGUUUAAUUACAGUAUGUAAUUGUUAGAAUGUUUUAUUUCUGAUUGUGUAUGUUUUAUUUCUGUGAAAUAAAUGUCUUGUUUG